CCUUCCCUCCGCCGCGCGCCAAAACCCAAUCAAUCCCGCCGCACGUGCGCCGCCCAAGCUCCUCAUUCCCUCCCAUGGUCCACCACCACCGCCGUGCUCAUGCCGCGUCGUGCCGCCCGUAAACAAACGCCGCGGAGGGGGAGGUGAAUUCUUUUUUUCUCGGGUGGGAGGGGAGGAGAGGACGCCGCUGCUGUGCACAGUACGGGACAGUUGUCCGGGGAGAAUAGUUUAAUUCUCCGGGCCGGGUGGGGGGUGCGGGGCCGGCCUAGGUAAUGGCCGCCGUGCCCUCGACCGUGCGCCUCCUCCUCCCGCACCUGCAGACCCCGCCCCGGCUUCCAGGGGUCGUCGUCUCCGCGCCGCCGCUCCUCUUCCUCCUCCUAUCCGCCUCGCCUUUCUUGUCGCGGCCUUCCCGGUGGUUAGGGGGAGGAGUCGUUGGGCUAGCUCCUUCUUGGUUAAUUUAGGAGGAGGGCCCUGCGCCUCUGGUGGGGGAGGAGGGAUUCAGUCCACGGCUCUCCCGGGCGGCGCUGCGGUGGCCGGAUUUGCUGUUGGCGGCAAAACUGCUGCUGAUUCGAUUUGAGCCGGGAAUAAUAAGCUUCGGUUGUUUUCGGCGGAUUUCAAAGGGAAUGGCGUUUCCAGAUGAUGAAAAGAUGAAGGGCUGUCGUCCAAAGAUUUUUGGGGCGAAAGAUAAGAAAGCCGCAAAGAAGACAGACCGUCCAAGCUCCUCCGCUGUUAAGUCUGCACCAAGCUCCUCCAAGGCACAAUCUUCUUCCCCAUUCAGACCACUUUCAGAAGUUAGGAGCAUGCGUGAGGUUAGGAGCAUGCGUCUGAGCCAUUUUCUAGCCCGUUCUCCAAGUGUCAUAAAAAUUGAAUCUUUUAGGGUAUUUAUUUCUACAUGGAACGUUGGAGGAAACACACCUACCGCUGAGUUGAAUCUGGACGACUUCAUUCCUGCAGAUGACCACUCAGAUAUUUAUGUUUUAGGUUUUCAGGAAAUUGUCCCUCUCAAUGCUGGCAAUGUGCUUGUGAUCGAAGACAACGAACCAGCUGCAAGAUGGCUUGCUCUUAUAAACCGCACGCUAAACAGAACAAUUGACGGGGAUGCUGAUAUUUUCUGUCACAAGCCAUCUCUAUCCCUUGAUUCAACCUCUUCUCGAUCUUCAUCGAACCUUGAUGCUUCUUUCUCCAACCGCUCUGGUUCUGCAAUCUUCCAGUCCUCCUUAAAAUCUAUCAGGAAGCCUUACAUGCCAACUCAGAGAAAACUGCUCAAGAUCUGCAACUGCUCAGUUGAAAUGCCCAGGAAAUCCUACAAAGAUGCUUGCUUUGGAUGCCCACAAGCAUACAUUAAUGAGACCGACUCUUCGGAAGAAGAUGAAGUUGAUGACAGAUCAAAUAAUGCUUCUGGUUAUGUGGUUGAUGGAGUGAUUUCGUCCGCUUCUGCCUCUAGUGAUCAGCUAAAAUAUAACCUCGUAUCUUGCAAACGAAUGGUUGGUAUUUUUGUCACAGUAUGGGCAAAGAAAGAACUAGUGCCGCAUAUCGGUCAUGUGAGGACAUCAUGUGUAGGCCGUGGAGUAAUGGGUUAUCUUGGAAACAAGGGAUGUAUAUCAGUGAGCAUGACACUGCACCAGACAAGCUUUUGUUUCAUCUGUAGCCAUUUGGCUUCAGGUGAGAAAGAAGGCGAUGAGUUGCGGCGCAACUCAGAUGUUUUAGAGAUACUGAGGGCCACGCAGUUUCCAAGAAUUUGCAGAAGAGCUGGGCAAAGAAUCCCUGAAAAAAUUAUUGACCAUGACCGGGUGAUAUGGUUGGGGGAUCUGAACUACCGUAUUUCCCUGAGCUAUGAAGAUACCAAGAAACUUCUGACUGAAAAUAACUGGGAUGCCCUUUUUCAAAAGGAUCAACUUAACACUGAGCGCAAUUCUGGAAGGGUAUUCAGGGGUUGGAGCGAAGAGAAGAUAUAUUUUGCUCCCACAUACAAGUACACUUUUAACUCAGAUUCUUAUUCUGGAGAAACUGCAACCUCAAAGAAAAAGAGGAGAACCCCAGCCUGGUGUGAUAGAAUACUAUGGCAUGGAGAUGGGAUUGCGCAGUCAUCCUACUUCCGUGGGGAGUCUAAAUUUUCUGACCAUCGUCCUGUCUGUGGAUCAUUCACUGUGGAAGUGUAUUUGCUGGACGGCAAAUCAAAGAGGCGCACAUCUAACACUAAUAUUAGAAUUGGUGCUGAAGAGCUCUUACCGACGAGUAAGAAUAAGGUGCUGGGACCAAAACCACAAAAUAAAUCGGCUCAUGUCAUGCCACUCAUGGAGGAAGGUGCCGAGGAAACUUUCUGCGGCUGCCGCUUGGAAAGCUUUACUCCAAUGAAAGUAGAGGAAAAACGUUCAUGGCCUGCGAGGGCGGAGCUCAAGAGGUCGGCGGUCGCCGAUGAAACGUCGGGCAAGAGCAAGCUCAGCGAGGUCCGCACCAGCUCCGGCACCUUCAUCAGCAAGGGCCAGGAUCCAAUUGUUGCUGGUAUAGAGGAUAAAAUUGCCGCAUGGACAUUUCUUCCAAAAGAGAACGGUGAAGAUAUGCAAGUUCUAAGGUAUAAGCGCGGUGAGAAGUAUGAACCGCACUAUGAUUUCUUCACCGACAGUGUUAACACUAUCCGUGGUGGACAUCGUGUAGCUACUGUACUUUUGUACUUGACCGACGUUGCAGAAGGAGGGGAAACUGUUUUCCCCUUAGCCAAGGCACGUAAAGGAUCACACCAUAAAGAUUUGUCAGAAUGUGCACAGAAAGGAAUUGCAGUGAAACCACGAAAAGGGGACGCCCUUCUGUUCUUCAACCUUCGGCCGGACGCCGAGACAGACCCGUCGAGCCUCCAUGGCGGAUGCGAGGUCAUCAAGGGGGAGAAGUGGUCGGCCACGAAAUGGAUCCGCGUGGCCUCGUUCGACAAGGUCUAUCACACACCAGGCAACUGCACGGACAACAACAACAGCUGCUCGCAGUGGGCGGCGCUGGGAGAGUGCACAAAGAACCCGGCGUACAUGGUGGGAACCACGGCGCUGCCCGGUCACUGUAGAAGGAGCUGCAACGUGUGUUAGUGCUGGAAUGGAAUCCUUGGAACGCCGCUUGUUGCUGAAGUUGGGGUUCAUGCAGGAGCAGCAAUGGCGGGUCGAACUGAGCUGGUAUCCCACGAGGUUUGGUCGUCCAGAUGGUACCAGUUUCUUGCUACUCCCUGAUGACAAGUUGGUUCCUGGCUACCAGUGUUUAUUUAUUGAUGAAUGUCUAGAUAGUAUCAGAGGACAGACCCUGUUGAUUAGUGUUCGUGGUUUGUGCUAGGCAGGCAGAGAUGAGUUCGUUGUUAGAGUUGGUCCAUGGCAGAUUUCAUGAGCUUGUGGUGCCAUUUUUGUCUGUAGAAGACUGUAGGGACUGUAAUCUCUUUUCUCACUCUUGUGCUGUACGGGUAUAUAUAUGUAGCACCGACACGUGUUACCCUGAAUUUGACGAACAUCUCCGAUUCCUUUGGUUUUGUGCUCA